AUGAAAAGGAAGGGUUAUGUGGGAUUGGGAUUUGAGUCAGGCAGGAUCCCUGAACUUGUAACUUUUUUGCAGGACCCCACAGGUGAAGAUCUAGUUCAGUUAUCAGGCAACUGCGAAGAGACUCACUCUUUACCUCAGGAAAUUGAGGAGUUCCUGGAGGAAUAUUUUGAGAGACUUGAGUCAAGAACUCCAGCUACACCAGAGCCACAGAGCUCUAUGCCUUUGACUGGCUGUGGUGAUGAGAGCCAACAUGAGUCCAUUCAGAGCCAGGUGACGACUCCUAUGAGGCCCGAAGUGAUGAUUUCUGCAGAUUCUAAUAUCCCCGAGACAGUCCUUGACCAGAACUCAACAAUGUCCCCUGUCAAUGCCUUUGGUAUGCCCACUGGAGAACUAAGUGAAACUGCCUCCGUGGACCAGAAGGUGACCUCCUUUGAUCAGAGAAAACCCACAGCAACUUCCUCGAUGAUGGGUGUUACUGACAACCCAAAGACGUUCUUCACUGAUUGCCAAAAGACAACCAUCACUGCAAAUAACACGACAGUCUCCAAAGAAGGUAGCCAGAUGAUGACCCUCAGUGAUGGACAGACUGUCUAUGGAGGCCAGAAGCUCUUAGGUGGGGACCAGACCCGUUAUGGAGGCCAGAUACUCUUAGGUGGGGACCAUACCCAUUAUGAAGGCCAGAUCACCUUCAGUGGGGACCAGACCCGUUUUGGAUGCCAAAUCACCUUUAGUGGGAACCAGAUUCGUUAUGGAGGCCAGAUGCCCUUCGGCGGGGACCAGACCCGUUAUAAAGGCCAGAUCCCCUUCGGUGAGGACCAGACCCGUUAUGGAGGCCAGAUCCCUUUCAGUGGGGACCAGACCUGUUAUGGAGGCCCGAUGCCCUUUGGCAGAGACCAGACCCGUUAUGGAGGCCAGAUGCCCUUUGGCAGAGACCAGACCCGUUAUGGAGGCCAGAUGCCCUUCGGCGGGGACCAGACCCGUUAUAAAGGCCAGAUCCCCUUCGGUGAGGACCAGACCCGUUAUGGAGGCCAGAUCCCUUUCAGUGGGGACCAGACCUGUUAUGGAGGCCAGAUGCCCUUCAGCGGGGACCAGACCUGUUAUGGAGGCCAGAUGCCCUUCGGCGGGGACCAGACCUGUUAUGGAGGCCAGAUGCCCUUCGGCGGGGACCAGACCUGUUAUGGAGGCCAGAUGCCCUUCGGUGAGGACCAGACCCGUUAUGGAGGCCAGAUGCCCUUCGGCGGGGACCAGACCCGUUUUGGAGGCCCGAUGCCCUUCGGCGGGGACCAGACCUCCUAUGGGAGCCAAAUGGCAGCUCUUAAAGGGGGCUAUCCCGUGACCUUCAUUGGUAACCAGAUCUUCACUAGAGGCCAGGUGACAACAUACAGCCCUGACCAGACUCUCUAUGGGGGUCAGAUGGUGACCCUUAAGGAGGAACAGAUGAAAGCCUUCAAUGACGAUCACACUCUCUAUGGAAGCCAUAUGAAGCCAUGUCAAUCGUCGUCAUUGCCAAACCCAGGAUUACCACACUGUUCAAGUUCCCAUUUGACCCAAGGACAAUCCCUAGAAGAGCAGAAGUCAGAACUCAAAACCCAGAGUCGUCAGUUCAAGAAGAAUCUUAAGGUUUCAAAGCGCUUCUUUUGCAAAUACGAAGGCUGUGACAAGUCAUAUUCCAAGGUCUCCUAUCUCCAAAUCCACUAUCGCAACCACAUAGGCGAGAAGCCCCAUAAAUGCGAGUGGAAGGGAUGCACAUGGGAAUUCACCCGUUUAGAUGCGCUCAACAGACACAAAUCGAAGCACACUGGGGAGCGACCCCACCCAUGUCAUAUAUGUGACAAGCGUUUUAAGCGAUCUGAUCACUUAAAGCAGCACAUGAAAAGCCACCACUGA